UUCAGAGCUGCGAGAGCAAUACUGGCACUUCCACUAAGAGGGAACAACCAGCUGCGGGGUUUUAGUUAUCUUUGCCUUUUCAACAAGCUUUCAUAUGUGUGUCUGAGUGUGACUACGGGAUGUAUACAGCCGGGCUCAAUCCCUUUUACGCAUCGAACUUCAGCCUGUGGUCUGCGUACUGCGCGGGGGGCUUCGCUGUGGAUACCAUGAAGAAGCCGUCGUUUUGCAUUGCAGAUAUUUUACAAGCGGGAGACGGGGAGAACAUCCCGAGUUCCUCCGCUCUCAUGGUGCACAUGGGGCACCACAGGACGCAGGGGCGCGCUGGCACACCUCCCCUGCGCCCGUCUCCCGUCGCUCCAGAGCCAGCUUUAUACGCGGCCAGAGUGAGCCCUGCAUCGCCCUACCAUAGACACGGACUACAGCUAACCUCAGUGUCCCGGACCGCGUUCAACUCCCAACAAGCACCGCCGCCUUCCAGUAAAGACCUCAAGUUUGGAAUAGAUCGGAUACUUUCCACGGACUUUGAUCCAAAAAGUAAAGAAAAGUCGUCAUUAAGAGAUCUUACCUCCAUCGUAAGCUCAAACCGUCAGUCAGGGCUCCACCAUGUUGCGGUCCAGCCUACGUCCGGCCAGUACUACUCCUCCAUAGACCCGGGGAUGAGCGAAGCAGCCUCCAUGAUGGGCGCACUAGGCAGCAGCAGCAGACAAACAGGCCAGCAUCAGUUUCAAGACAGCUUUCCAGGCCCCUAUGCUGUCCUCACCAAAGACACAAUGCCCCAAACCUACAAGAGGAAGAGAUCGUGGUCCAGGGCAGUGUUCUCCAACCUGCAGAGAAAAGGGCUGGAAAAGAGAUUUGAAAUUCAGAAGUAUGUCACCAAACCGGACAGGAAGCAGCUGGCCGCCAUGUUGGGUCUCACAGACGCACAGGUGAAGGUCUGGUUUCAGAACAGGCGCAUGAAGUGGAGACACUCCAAAGAGGCGCAGGCCCAGAAGGACAAGGACCCAGCGGGGGACAAGACUCUGCCCGAGGCCUCGGAGAGCAAAGACCCGACCGAGUCUGACUGUGACAGCGAGCCCCGGACCGACUGUGAGUCCGACGACCCCGCGGAGGUAGACGAGGACGACGCGACUCAUUUGGACGUUUCUUCGGUUCUUAACAAUCAGACAAGCGUCAUUAUGAGCGGGACAUGCGCACCAAGCAGUCCGCCCGGGAGUGAGGAGGGGACGGCCACUGCCAGCACGGACACAGCGGCCUCCCAGGUGCUGCUAUGAAGGCCACUGUCAGCACGGGCUUAGUUCAUGAACUAUGGCGUUAUAAAAGUAUUAACUAGGCAGAAGAACGACAGCAGGGCUUUUUAAAUGGACGGACUGUGGACUGUGGCAGGUAUGGUUAGCCAGGCCUGUGGAGGCGCGGGCUAAUUCCUGGAAAGUAGGGGCUAAAAAAAUAACAUAAGCUUGAAAAUGUAAAACAAAAUAUAAACGAAGUCACCUUUUCAACUUUAAACCUAAUAAAGCAUAUUCAUUAGGUUAAAAAUCAAACAAGGCAUUUUAAGUCUCUUUAUCAUGUUCGACAAAUAAUUUUAAGCUAAUUUGACAAAGCUAACUUACGCCACUAAAUAGACGGUUCCAUGUGCUGUCGUUUUCUUAGCAGUUUUCAUGCCUUGAUGUUUUUUCCCUCAAGUGAAGAUAAACUGCGGUUGUGAAUUUUAUUUUCAGGUUAUGAACCACUUGUUUCACGUAACAAAAUCUCAGAACAUCAGAUAGUGUUUAAAUAUUUUGUCUGAAUAUAUUUGUGCUAUUUUGUUAUUGAUAAUUUGCACUGAAAACUAUGUAAAUAAAACGUUUCCUAUGU